AUGUCACUGGCCAGCGAAGCUCAUUUUGAUGCCACAGGGAGCUUGGUGGAUAAAAGAGCGACUAUUUGUGUUGUACCUGAUCUUUCCUCCGACCUCCUGGAGGACGAGUUUGACAUGAACAGGUCUUACCCUUGUGCACGGAAAUCAUUGCAGAAAAGAAACUUGCUGGAAUUGCACCGACGUUAUUACUGUGAAUCUUCCUCAGCAAGAAAGCAUCCUGACUCGGACACCUCUCUUGACGUAGUACCACGCCUGCCCACAAUGUCGGAAUCAGAAGACAAUCUUUUUGAUCGUCUUAUCUCGACAAAUUGUGGGCUGCCCGGCCCUCCAUUGGCCGUCAACCCAAAUAAAGUGCUUCUGACUGUAGAUUGUAAAAGCAGAGAGAUAAUAUCAUGUAAUGAUGAAGCUUCCAAAUUGUUUUCAUGCACCCCUGAUGAGUUGUGUGGAAAAAAGCUGAUGUGCAUUUUGAAGAAAACCACACAGGUCUUGGAAGAGGCGUUGCCUGAGGACUAUCUGCUUAAGGAUGGCAGUGUUGCAUCCAGUUUGGGGAAAGUGGUUGAUGUUGUGACAAUGUUUGGUGAAGUUCCAAUGUUGGUGUGCACCCACAGGGAGUCACAAAAUGGAGAAGAACAUAUCCUUGUCAAGAUGGAGAACGUGCAACGGAUUUCCGCCUCUCUGACGUUUUCGCAAGAUGGCAGUAUUCUUACCUGUGACUCAGCAUUUGCUCAUCUCCAUGGUUACCACCAUCCUGAGGACUUAAAAGGACUUUCUGUUAUGGAGCUAAUCCCCUCUUUACAAAUCCCCCUGCACUGUCAAGCAUUGCCUAAAAUGCUGAGGGUUCAGAGAGUGUGUGGUAAAAGUAGAGAAGGUGCAUCAGUGCCACUGUGUGUUAAGCUUCAGGGGGCGGUAGAGUGCGCGAGACCCCAGCAACAACAUUCUUCGGAGAGUUUUGCUGGAGAAGAUGCAUGUAAGAAAAAUGACUCUAAUGCUGAACAAUGUUAGCAGUCGUCUGGCAUCAAGGGAGACAGCAGAGUUAUCUCCCCCAGCCCCACUUUGGAGUACAACGGAACAGUCUGGGCGUUCGCCCCACUGAGCGGCCUCCUCCUCCUGCGAGCUGAUGGUUCAAUCUGCAGCAUCAACAAUCAACAGGCUCUCAGUCUGUUUGGGUACAGCAAAAACGAGCUGCUCGGAAAGUGUGUCACUUUCCUCAUGCCCGGUUUCUAUGGAUGGGUGUCCGAUUCGAUCAGAAAGAGCAGUUCAUUCCAAGGGACUCAAGCUGAGGCUGCUAAAAGUACAGCAAAAUCUGAUGCGGACCCUUCUUCUUUGGUGGCUGGAGACAUGGCAAUGGUACACGAGGCCUGCCGGAGGAGAUCCUCCACAGGAAGAGGCAGGAUCUUCACUGGGAACUGUACCAAGCUGGACAAACAAGGAAGUGCUUUGUUGACUCUGUCCCCUCCUGCUGUCUCCUCCACACGUGUGGUGAAUGCGAAUGACACCCAAGAACUGUUGGAGCAGGCGGCCCAGGUAGCUGCCACCAUUAGUAGCCACUCCUCAGACAUGGGUGAAAGAACUGAGGCUCUCCUGAAGACUUUUGCCUGGGUGGAGCGUCCAGAGGGAGAUGCCACCUGUGUAAUUUCCACUGAGCAACUGGGAUCGAAAUAUGAACAGGCGCUUCUUGAAAAUGAUAUCGAUGCAGGUAUUAGCACAAAGAAUGGACAUGCUUUUGGGGCCAAAGACAAAUGCAUAUCUACAACAUCAGUCCUGCAAGACUCCAGCUUUGAGGUCAUUUCAAUUGAGAGCAGAUCUUCCUCCGGCUUUUGUGAAAGGAUUGCUGGCCAGGGUGGUUCUGAUCCAUGUCGGGCUGAGGUCAGCUGUUUCCUGGACGUUAACAGCAACGGCGAUCUGGUGACUCGAGCCCUGGCUGAUCUAGAUCUGAGCAGCGCUGUUGUUGUCAGCGUCCGAGCGGGCAGCGAUGAAAACCAGAACUCCAUGACGUCCUGCGAUACGGCCGAGCUGCUACGCACACCCUCCCCCUGCGACCUCGACCCAGAAGAUCGGCCUGCCAGCCCUGAUAAAGAGACCAAAUAUCGCUCCACUGAAGAGCAGUCAGAGAACCAUAUGGAUCAAUGGCCUGCUCUUUCUUCCAUUCACAAAGAAAGCGGCCAGGAAUUUUGCAUACCUGGCAGUAAUGAAGUUCAAUCCACUGAUGACCUUCCUGCUACAUCAACACCAAAGAAACAGAAGAUGAUAGAGCUUGCACUCAAGUCAGACAUGCCCCGGUUACUGGAAGGACGUUUUGAAGGAAGUGCUUACCACAGAGACGGCACAAGAGUUGAGGUGCAGUGCGACAUUGUCCGGGCUGAUCUUCCCGAUGGAACCCGAAUGUACUGCGUGUGGGUGAGCAAGCCAGGCCAACAUUGGUCAGUUUCACAAAGCGAUCGAUCCCUUGACAAAUCAACAGCCAGUCUUGGAGAGAGGAUCGGAGAGGUGUGUCAUGGUGAGGCGCUGCGCUCCACCUUGGACCUCGAAAAUUCUCGGGCAUGCGAUGGGCAGUUUGAAGAAGAGUACAAGCCUAUUAAAGCUGUCGGGAAAGGAGCUUUUGGAUUUGUCUGGAGGGCAAUACGGCGCUGUGACGGGCAGGAAGUCAUUGUGAAGUUUAUCAGCAAGGCGAGGAUCAUCAGUGACUGCUGGGUAGAUGACCCUAUGUUGGGUCGAGUCAGUCAGGAGAUCGCCAUCCUGACUCGAGUGCAGCACCACAACAUCGUCAAGGUGCUGGAGGUGUUUGAAAACGGCAGUUACUUUCAGAUGGUGAUGGAGAAACACGGAGAUGGUUUGGACCUUUUUGAAUUCAUUGACAUGCAGCCGCAGCUGGAUGAGCCCUUGGCGAGCUACAUCUUUCGACAGCUUGUCGCAGCGAUCUUUUACUUGAGGUCAAAGAACAUCUUGCAUCGAGACAUUAAAGACGAGAACAUCAUCAUUGACAAGUGUUUCCACAUUCGCCUCAUCGACUUCGGGUCUGCGACAAUGAUGGCUCCAGGGAAGCUUUUUUACAAUUUCUGCGGUACAUUGGAGUACUGCUCCCCUGAGGUACUCCAAGGAAACCCCUACGAGGGUCCGGACUUGGAGAUGUGGUCUCUUGGGGUUUUGCUCUACACAUUGCUGUUCAGUGAAAACCCCUUUAGUGGGGUAGCUGAAAUCCUGGAAGCCAAGAUCAAUCCCCCUUUUCCCCUCUCCUCAGAAUUACACACUUUGUUGUGUGGGCUGCUGCACCCUAAGCCCACCCAAAGGAUGACACUGGACCAGCUGCUUUUGCAGUCCUGGAUUACCCAGCCCAUUUCGCUGGCCGAAUACACUUGGACGGAGGUGUUCCCCGAAACGCAAAACAAUUGCUCACCUCAGCACCAAUAUGCCAGUCCCCAAAGAUAUGCAGGACAAGACUUGUUCCCAGAUGAAGGUGAUGACACUCUCCCAGAUGAAGAGGAUGACGAAGAACGCUUGUCCAUGGUGGCCUUGGAAUCAGAGCUGCAGAAGUAUCUCAAUGAAAACUAG